AUGGUACUUCAAACCUCCAGCGCAAUGUCGCCCGCCUUUCAGCCUGCACCCGCCGGCUAUCGAAAACGAAAGCUACAUAGUCAUGAAACGUCAUCUGACAAUGAUUUUAGUGAUGUAAGUUGGGUUUUGUGACACAUAUUAGGUUAGGUUUAAACUUUUUUUAAAAAAUUUUUUGAAAAAAAGUAUUUAAAUUUUGGAUCUUGGCUUUAAAAUUGGCCCUACUAUAACAUCAAAAAGUUGAUCCGGGAACUUUCCUAACACCCUCUCGAUCUAAUGUUGUUGUAAAUAUGUUUUCAAUAACAUUUUACUCUUUAGACUUUAGUUGAUCACAACAAAUAUUCAUAUAUUGUUGUACUUUGCCCCCUUUCGUUUUAAAGUAACAAUCACACGUUUUGUCGGCAGCAAAGAACGCCUGUAAUACUUUUUUGUCUUGUUCUGACUGUAGUCUGAAAGUACAAAAAGUUUUUGUAUCUCAUGACAAUAAAAGUUGUAACAACUUAUUUCGAAACGAAUUUAUAUUAAACAUUAUGUUAAUGUAGGUAGGGUUGAUGUAAUGAGGUAUAUCUUUUGAACAAGUUAGUGUAUUUGGUUGAUUUUUUGUAAAUAGUGAGACAAGAUAUUAGUGUUUUAUUUAAGAGUAAUUUUGCAUUUUAUUUAUUGCUUAAGAUUAAGAUAUUAAUCAAGAAAUGAAAUUUGGGUUAUAUUAGGGUAUGGUGAAUACAAUGACGUAUAUCUUGAUAACUAUCUUAUAAAUCUUUUUUAUUUUAAAGAAGAUUGUGUAUAAGAUACUUGGGUUUAAAAUAAAAGUAGUUUCAAUAUUUUAUCUACAGUUGCCGCAGGCACAAUUUAAAAUUUUUUCCAAAAGCUGAAUUCUCAUCAUUUUUCAAAAAUUUUCUAGAAAAACAAAAAUUACUGUAGAGUAAACAAAGCUUUGUUCGCAUAGUAAUCAACAAUACUGUUUAAGGAUGAUGAAAGUCCAAAGAGUGGCUCACCUUCGGUCGACGAAGACCGACGCGCACAUCACAACGAGUUGGAGCGCCGACGUCGCGAUCAUAUCAAGGAUCACUUCAUGGCGCUGAAAGGAAGCAUUCCACUGCUCGAAGGCGAAAAGGUAACAACUUUUCCGCUGCUACCGAAUGUCUUUGACGAGAUGGGAAAAGUUCGGGAUAAUCGGGUUACUGUAGAACGAGAUAUUGGGGUUUCGUGCAAAAUAUGAAAAAUGACGGGUAAUAUAGGUUUUUUAGUCAUAACUUGCAAAGUAGUAAGGGAAAAUAUCUACUGUAAUAGUAGUUUUAAAAUACAAGUAAUGGGACAUCUUUUCACAAACAUUUGCAUACAUCGGGUUACUGUAACCAAAGUUAUGAGGAGCCAAAGUCAAGCCUCCAAAAACUUUUAAAAACUUUGUUUAGCCAAGAUAACUCAACUUUUUGAUAUUUUAUCGUAAUUCCAAGCAAAAACAAGAAUAUUUUUGAGUUUUUCAAAACCAUAAAAACUGCGUUUUUAAACUGCAAACACUUCAUUUUAUCAAAAUUUUGCAAAAACAUAUAAAACCAAUCAAAGUUGAAAUACAUUCCAUGUGACUUUGGAGGCACGUGAAUGUAAUGUGGUUUUAUGAAUUGGUUUGCUUAAUGUCCUGGUUGGUUUCGGGGUUCAAAAUACAGUUUUUCAUAUGGAAAUUAUGUUUAAAAACGUGGAAAGAGUACUGUAAUUUGAGGAAAGUUUUAAUGCUUUCUAGAAAUUUAAAGUUUUGGAAAAAGUUGGUUUUUAUUGUAGUAGGGUAGGUUGUAAAGGCUGUAGUAAAAGUUUAAGUAGAGUUUGUCAGUCGAUCUUUAUAGUGUUACAUAGAGAAGAUAACAAGGUAUCUUUUGACAUAAAUUUUUGGCUAUGUCUCUUUGAUCUGUGUCUCAAAAAUCCUAUAUUAUCCAUGACAUGUCUCUUCGGAAGAUGAAAAGACUUUUCCUAUUGUAACUGUUUUAUGUCAUAGACAAUAUACACAGUUCAUAUUACUCACCUGAAGCUUAAUCUUUGUCUGCACUUUCUACUACUAAUACGUCUUCUUGCUAUGUAAUACAUCCUCCUACUAUGUCAUACGUUUUCCCACCAUCUACUAAACCUCUAAUACGAAAAACUAAUAAUAUUUUUUCAUAAUCAUCAUCACCUUAUCUUUCGAGUUUUGUGCAAAAAAGCGUCAUAAUCCCGGUUAAAACAGCUGAGUCACGACAAUCCACGUUGUUUUCCCAAAAUACUGAUGCAAUCAUUCCACCCUUAAGGCUGAUGCAAUAGUAUUUGAGACUCAUGUGUCCUUCACGUGUCUCUGCCCGAAACGUUUUAUUUGAACUUUCUUUGUUGGGGCGAGGCAAAUGUUUGUUAAAAGGGCAAGAUGGUUGGGAAUAAUUGGAUUAGGCUGCGGAAAUAAAAAAUCACGUUUUUUAGGCUUAAAAUUAAAAAAAAAAAUUUUAAAUAAUUUUAAUUUUAAAAAAUUUUUGAAAUUUUAAAAAAUUAGCGAAAAUUUAGGCUUAAAAUAAGGAAAACUGGCAUUUUAAGCUUAAUUUUGGCAUUUUAAAGCAAGGUUUUUACUUCAAAACCCAACUUUUUCUAUUUUUUGGGUACAAAGUUUAUGUUCAUCUACCGUAACUCAAUAAAACACGAAAAACUUGAACAACAAACUCGUCAAGUUAACUCCGCCUUUUUUGGUUUCAUUUUGGUUACGGUAUCGAAAACUUCAAGUAUACUGUGUACAGUUUCAUUUUUGGUAGUUUAAACACACUGUAUGUUUGAGGAAAGACAAUGUGCGUAGAAGUGAGUGAACGUGAGUCAAUGUGAGCAAAAUAUGAGUGAAUGUGAGUAAAGAGUAACGUGAAUUUGAAAGCCAAUGUUACCAAAUAGAGUGUUGAGUAUACUCAUGAAACAAGGUGAAUAUAGGGGGAAGGUAAAGGUGAAUAUCAGGGCAAAGUAAAGGUGAAUAAAGGGGACAAUGUACAUGUGAAUAUAGGGAAGAGUAAAGGGCAAUAUAACUUGAAAAGUUGAGCGUUUUUUGUACUUUGCACGUUUUGUUCAUCUCCACUAAAACCCAUUCAAACAACUGAUUUCUUUUGUUACAGCCCGCCAAAUACGUUUUGGCUUCAAAACCAACAAAAAACUAGAACAGAGGGGGGGGAAAGGAAGGGAAGAUGAAGGGAAAGGAAGUAAAGGUAGGGGGGUUUGUGUGAAGUCAGAAGGCUUUUGAAUAAAAUAUUAGGUUGUUGAAAGUCAAGCACGGUGAUAUAUAAGAUGUUAGGGAAAAGAAAGUAGGAGUAGAGGAAGUUAGGGAGGACAAAGUAGGCAUAGAACAUGAAAAUAAAGGGCAAGAAGACAUAGGAAUAGAAAAUAAUGAAAAAAGAAACAAGAAAAAGACUAAAAUAAGCUUAAAAUUCAAUGAAACAGAUAAAAAUAAACUUAAAAAACGCUAAAACAGUAGAAAAAGAAGUUGAUCAAGAGUAGAAAUUUAAGAAAAAUAAGAUAAUAGGUAUUCAAAACAUGAAAAAAAGAUCAAGAACUUAAGAUUUAGAUACCGUAACAGGGUAAAACUUGAGAUUCAGAAGCUUUAGAAGGCCUAGAAGUUUUUUCAAAGACUUUUUUCGUAAAGCUUUGAAAUGUCUACCUCCUAAGAAAACACUAUUUUUCUUACCAUAUACCAAACCCUUCUCUAAACCCCCCUAAACCCUCUCCCUUGUGCCCCCACUCCGACUGUUCACAUGCCUUCGCACGUGAAGCACACUCGCCACUGAUCCCGUUCUUUGAGUGCAACAAAACCGCUCGAAAAGUGCACGCCGGCUGGUUGUAAAGGCGGAAGGGGAGAAGGGUGCGGUGUGCUGGGGACACGUGGCCCCCACACUCGCCCGUCGCCGCUCCAAAAAAACCCGUUCUCUGAGGUCAUGUGGCCUGCCGGCGGGUCGAAGUACAGAAAACAAAGGAGAACAACCAGAAGCCGCGGUACCAGGGUGGUGGGGAACGAACAAUAAAUAGAUUGCAAACGAAACGGGGUUCAGGGUUACGGUAGGUAGAGGGGGAGAGGGAGGGAUGAUGACGGUAAUGAAAGGGAGACGAUGAUAAUAGUUGAUGGUAACGAUGGGGGUGAUCAUGACAAAAGGUAGGAGAUAGUAUUAUUGGCGAACAGACCUGUCUCACCCUACCAUACCCGACCCUAGUCUACCAUACCCUACCCAUUCUACUCACUCUACUUUAUCUUUUCCUACCCUCUUAUCCACUAUAACCUACCUUACUCUGAAGUGUGUAAUAGGGAUCAUAAUGACAUAAGGAAUACGGUACUUUUAAAAAAAUGAUGACAAUAGCUUAAGUUAAGUAAUAAAAAUGGGUUUAAGGUAAUAAAACACGGCAGUAAAACAACAUUGAGUAUAAAGUACAAUGUAGGACGUGUAAUUCCAAAACAUAUUGCAUCACGUUCGUUAUUUAUCAUCGAAAAACACAUGGCACAGAGUUAAAAAUGGAAAAUCAACAAAAAUAACUUUGGAAGUAAACAAGGCUUGAAAUUCCACAAAAAAAUCAAUUUUUUAUUUUAAAAUUUAAAAAAAAUAGUUUGAAAUUUGAAAAAAUAGAUGAUAAUGAUAAUAUGUUCUACAGUAACUCUUCUAUUUCGCAAAAUUUUUUCUACAGUAAAUUCACAAAAAGUUUUUUGAAGUUUUAAGAGAGACAUAAUGCUGCAAAACCAUAAAACGUCGUAUUUUACAAAAUUUUAAGCUAAUUUUAUUUUCAGAGCUCCCGAGCCUUGAUCCUGAAGCGCGCCGUUGACUACAUCAAGAUGCUCCAAAGUCAAGUAAAAGACACGAAAACAGAAGUCGAAGACCUGAAGCGACGCAAUGAAACUCUACUUCAACAAAACUCCUUGAAACCAUUUUUGGGCCAACUCCAGCUUCAACCGACUUCACUCUUCUCUGGCCAAGCCACAGUUCCAGUCUCAUUGUGUGUACCCAGUACUUCAGCUUUGCCUCAACUUCAGGAGCAGGUCUUGGCUUCAAAUGUACAGAAUCUGAAGGCUGGUUACGUUAAGAAUGGCUAUGGUGGCCAGAAUGUCAACUUGGCCGGACAGGCUGCUUUGGUCAAUCAAUCAAAUGGACUAGUCCAAUCAACCGGCUUGGUCAAUCAACCCAUGGCUGGUCAGAACCAAGUUCUACCCCCUCAACCUUCAGCCGCUUUCAAGCCAUCUUACCCUACCCCCGACCCGGUCAGCCCAACCCCAAUGGCCUCAACCUCCACCUCUUCCAACAACUUAUCGCCCAGCAACUUGUCCCCAAGCCUCGGCAACUUAUCGCCCGGUCUCAGCAACUUAUCGGCCAAUCUCUCAUCUCUUCUCCUACAAAACCCCAACCUGCUAGUCCAGCUGCAAAGCCAACAACUUCAGCAAAGUCAAAUGAGUCAGCAAAACACCACCAGCCAACAAUUCGAACCCCUUACUCCGCCACAUUCGGCAACUCAGACCGUGUACUCGGAUGUGAUCACGCCCCAACUCCUGGCCUCGUCGCUAGCCAUCAGAGAGCGACAAUUCGCCGCUGUCGCCGCCGCCCAGCUUUAA